GACUGCACUGCUUGAAGAGGGCACUCAGAGGGAUUUUACUUUCCUCUUAGUGAGCUCUCCUGCUCCAGAUCUCUGUCUCAUCCUGCUCUUUUUCUGAUCCUCACCCCCUCGUAGACGACAGAAGCCAUGUCUACUUCCUUCAAAACCUUCACCAGUAGUGGAAGCAUGAGCGGCGGCAUGGGCGGUGGCAUGGGUGGCGGAAUUAGGAAGAAUUUUUCUAGCAUGUCAACCAGCGCAGUGCCAAUGGGCAGCAGGAGCUCAGUGUCCUUCCGUCGCUCUGGUGGUGGUGGCGGCGGCGGCGGUUUUGGAGCAGGAUCUGGAGGAAGCUUCAGCUACAGCAUGGGUGGCGGUGGCGGUGGCGGUGGCAGUGGCUUUGGAGGAGGAUUCGGCAGUGGUGGAGGAUUCGGCAGUGGUGGAGGAUUCGGCGGUGGAGCAGGAUUUGGUGGUGGAUCAGCGUACGGGGGUGGAGCAGGAUUUGGUGGAGGGUUUGGACCAGGCGGUGUGGUACCCAUCACAGCUGUCACAGUCAACCAGAACCUUCUAGCCCCACUGAACCUAGAGAUCGACCCCAACAUCCAAGUUGUCCGCACCCAGGAGAAAGAGCAGAUCAAGACCCUCAACAACCGCUUUGCUUCCUUCAUUGACAAGGUGCGCUUCCUGGAACAGCAGAACAAAGUACUCGAGACAAAAUGGAGUUUAUUGCAAGAACAGACCACUACCCGAUCCAACAUCGAUGCCAUGUUCGAGGCCUACAUCGCCAACCUGCGCAGACAGCUUGACGGACUUGGCAAUGAGAAGAUGAAGCUAGAAGGAGAGCUGAAGAACAUGCAGAACUUGGUGGAGGACUUCAAGAACAAAUAUGAAGAUGAAAUCAACAAGCGUGCCGCAGUGGAAAAUGAAUUUGUCCUGCUGAAGAAGGAUGUCGAUGCUGCCUACAUGAACAAGGUUGAGCUUGAGGCCAAGGUUGACUCCCUUCAAGAUGAAAUCAACUUCCUUAGGGCCAUCUUUGAGGAGGAGCUGCGUGAACUCCAGUCACAGAUCAAAGACACAUCAGUCGUUGUGGAAAUGGACAACAGCCGCAACCUGGACAUGGAUGCUAUUGUUGCUGAAGUCCGCGCUCAGUAUGAAGACAUCGCCAACCGCAGCCGUGCUGAGGCCGAGUCCUGGUACAAACAGAAGUUUGAGGAGAUGCAGUCCUCUGCUGGCAAAUACGGAGAUGACCUUCGUAACACCAAGGCUGAGAUUGCUGAUCUCAACCGCAUGAUCAGCAGACUUCAAAAUGAAAUCGAAGCUGUCAAGGGACAACGUGCCAACCUGGAAGCUCAGAUCGCAGAGGCUGAAGAGCGCGGAGAGCUGGCAGUGAAGGAUGCCAAGCUCCGCAUUAAGGAUCUGGAGGACGCCCUGCAAAGAGCAAAGCAGGAUAUGGCGCGCCAGGUGCGUGAGUACCAGGAGCUCAUGAACGUCAAACUGGCCUUGGACAUUGAAAUCGCCACCUACAGGAAGCUUCUGGAAGGAGAGGAAUCCAGAAUUGCAUCUGGUGGCAAUACUGCAACUAUCCACAUCCAGGAAUCAAGCAGCAGCAGCGGUGGCGGCGGCGGUGGAUUUGGAUACGGUGGUGGCAGUGGAUACGGUGGUGGCAGUGGAUUCGGUGGUGGCAGUGGAUUUGGAUAUGGUGGUGGCUCAGGGAUGUCGAUUGGUGGCGGCUCUGGCAUGAGCAUGAGUGGCGGCGGUGGCGGUCAAAUCUCAAUGUCCCGUUCUUCUAUUGUGUCUAGUCAGAAGCGCCGCUUCUAAACCAAACACGUCCACCCAGAUCCCUCCUUCCAAAAUAUCAGCUACCACCUGGGCAACUCUUUUUCACUUUUUCACUCCACAUUUCAAUGUUUUCGUUUCUUUUUAAAGUGUUUAACGCCCCCCCCAAAAUGCCAUGACCUAAAAAGACAAAGUGUUAAAAACCUGCAGAAUGGCUUUUUACAUUCACUGUGCUGUCUUUGAUUCUUGUAUCUUCUUGGCAUUGCUUCUCCAACAGAAUAAAACUGUCCUUUAGGGGAUGCUAAAUGGGAAAAGAGCUAAUGAGACAGACAAAGCAUGGAGCUCAAGUAUUAUUUCAAAGUGAAUAGCUUUUGUUGCUCUGUGUCACAACAUGCAAGUAUUAAAGUGUACACAGAAUUGUGUUUAAAUUAAUUCUGCAGCAGUACAACGGCAACUUUUAAUGUUUACUCAUAGAGCAACAAAAGUUACCUUUUGAGAUUAUACUGUCAUCAGAAAGGAGUAAAUGUCUGGCAAAUGUCAGUUACACCAAUUUUUACUCUACCUGAUUUUGGAUGGGCUGAUGAGCUGUUCUGUACAACAUGGAAACAUCAAUAAAUCAGGGUUAUAUACAA